UUAUUCAGUCCUUGCGAAAUUGGCCCGCCUCCGCUUCUGUCUUCCAAACUGGACUCUUGUAAUCUGUUCACCUUUAGAAGAAUUACUGAGAGGAGGAAUAUCGGGUGAUGUGAGGAAUCACACAGACUCCUGCUUUGGAGGAAGGAUGCCCUCUGACUGAAAUUAUCAUUAGUAACUGUCCACCAUGAACAGCGAAGAAGAGUUUUAUGAUGCUGAGACAGGUUUGGAAUCAGAUGACUCCUGUGAGGUUAGCUUUAAAGAUGCCCCAGUGUAUGAGGGAAAACAGACGUCAAAUGGUCGCAUGCACUCAGAGAAUGGAGUGUGGGAGCGAAGAACAACCCUCCCUGCUCCCAUGUUCUCAAGAAAUGACUUCAGUAUUUGGGGCUUCCUGAAGAAGUGCAUUGGCAUGGAGCUAUCCAAGAUAACAAUGCCUAUUGUUUUUAAUGAGCCGCUAAGCUUCCUUCAGAGAAUUUCAGAGUACAUGGAACAUACAUACCUCAUACAUAAAGCUUGCACACUAUCUGAUUCCAUAGAAAGAAUGCAGGUUGUUGCGGCAUUCGCAGUGUCAGCUGUGGCAUCACAGUGGGACAGAACUGGAAAACCUUUUAACCCCUUACUAGGAGAGACGUUUGAGCUCACCAGGGAAGAUGAGGGUUACCGGCUAAUCUCAGAGCAGGUUAGCCACCAUCCACCGAUCAGUGCUUUCUAUGCUGAAUCGCUUAGCCAGGACUUUGUGUUCCACGGCUCCAUUUAUCCAAAACUGAAGUUCUGGGGGAAGAGUGUAGAGGCUGAACCCAAAGGCAUUAUGACACUAGAGCUGUCCAAACACAAGGAGGCAUACACUUGGACAAACCCAAUGUGUUGUGUGCACAAUGUCAUACUGGGAAAGCUGUGGAUUGAGCAGUAUGGAACAGUGGAGAUAGUCAACCAUAGCACUGGGGAUAAAUGCGUACUGAACUUUAAGCCAUGCGGCAUGUUUGGCAAAGAGCUUCAUCGGGUAGAAGGUUAUAUCCAGGACAAGAGUAAGAAGAAACGGCGCAUUAUCUAUGGGAAGUGGACAGAGUGCUUGUACACUAUAGAGCCAAAGGUCUAUGAAGCAAACAAGAAGGCAGAGAAGAAAAGUGGAGAUUCCAAGAAACACAAACAGGAGCAGAAAACUGGCGGUAGUGCUGAUGAUGCUGAUGAAAUGCCUGACGUCCAGGAGACAGUCACUAUGAUCCCAGGCAGUACAUUACUGUGGAGGAUAGCGCCAAGGCCUGCACACUCAGCACAGAUGUAUAAUUUCACCAGCUUUGCCAUGACCCUGAAUGAGCUGUCGCCUGGCAUGGAGGAAGUCUUACCACCGACAGAUUGUCGCCUGCGACCAGACAUAAGAGCUAUGGAAAACGGAGACAUGGACACUGCAAGUCUAGAGAAGGAGAGACUGGAGGAGAAGCAGAGGGCUGCACGUAGGGAAAGGGCGAAAGAUGAAGAGGACUGGUCCACCAGGUGGUUCCAUCAGGGCACGAAUCCUCAUUUAGGAUCCUCAGACUGGAUCUACCAGGGUGGAUACUUUGACAGGAAGUACUCAGACCUCCCUGACAUCUACUGAUCAGCUGGGAAGAGGGCAUGGGUUUUUGAUAUACCUCUGGUCUCCAGCCCAUAUCAUUGUCUUGCAACAAUAAGCUUUUUUCGUUCUUUCUUUUUUUUUUUAAAUCUCUAUCAAAAUGUGAGAUACAGAAUGAAUGGUUUACUGGACUGAAUAAGAAAGCAUCUGCUCCCCAGGAAACCGAAUCUUUAUACUGGAAUGCGAAACUCGGCACACUAUAUGACUGUAUUUAUUUUUGAAAGGUAGAAAAUGCCUUAUAUGACUUUAUUAUGUUUUAUUUUUUUUCUGUGUAAGAUAGAUUUAUGGUAAAACGUACAGAACCUAAACCUCAGUAGAAUGGUAAUUGUAGUAGUUAAUGCACAAAUUGCUAACUCCCUUAUCAUUAUAUCAUGCUGGUUAUACUCAGGUGUUUUAUGGGUACAUAGUGUUGGUAGAGUUGGCAUUAACGAGGCUGGAGCAUUGUUUACGGUUGUUGAACCGUGGAUGAUCAUAGCAUGUUACGAGAGGCUCUUUUAGAAACUUAAGGUCAGACUAAUGCAACUAUUUUAUCAUUGCUAUGAUAUAUUAAAUACUUUAUCCAGAAAUGUGACAAAAACUAUGAUGAUAGACUAGAUUUCCAGUGGGACAUCCGGUGAAUAAUACUUUUUACAUCAUUUGUAACCUUCAGUAGAUGAGGGGCUAGUACUUCCAGAACCCUGACAUCAUGAUGACUAUGAUAAAGAUGAUAAUACUAAGUCCCAUUGGGCUUUUCCAUGCCAGCUUUAUUUGUCCCCAUGGAUCUAGUGGACUUCACUAAAGGUUGCAUGCUCAUUCCUCGCAUGCAUGCUCAGUUGCAAUGUUGCAGACGUUUGAUUUUUCUGACUAGACAAAUAUGAAAGCUGCUUAUGACAAUGUUUACUUAGUAAACAAAGGUUUUUUUUAAUGAUAUAAAAACUAACACCUCUUACUAACAGCAAAGAAGUCUAUUGUAACCUUUAUGUUAAUGUUUUGAGUCGAUUAUGGUUGCCAAAGUGACUCUUUUUUUUUUUUUCUUGUAGAAACUAAAGCCAUAGAACUCAUCAGGACUGCGAGUGUGUGUUGCAACAGUUGCACGCCCUUAUGCACAAACAAGCUUAAUUUAAAAGGAGAAGGGUGCUAAUAUCUUGUGUUUUCAGCACUUGUGGCUAAUGAAUGUUUCACUUUUAACACACAUACAACAUAUGCACAUGAAAUAACCUAAAGCUUUUAUUUCUUUUCUUAACCUGAAAGAUUCAAAAAGAAGGUAAGCAGGGAUGAUGCACUGAUAAGAGAUCUGUUUUAUUAGAAGAUCUGAAAGGAUUUAACAGUACUGGUUAAAGCUGUCUUUCACUUGAAAACUCUAAUACUGUGUUCCUCAUUCUUACCAUUUUUUUCCACACACACACACACAGUCACACUAGCAUUAUAUGUCCAAAAGUCUUUAGACACCUGCUUGUCUUGUUGGCAUGUUCUAAAAUCAAGGGUAUUAGUAGGGUUUUUUUUAUUCCUGGAGUAGAAACCUCUGGAAUAAUCUUCUGGAAAUGCUCUUUAAACGAUGUAGGAAUGUUGCUAUGAUAUGUGGUUUCGAUUGCUUUCAGGGUCACACACAUUAUAGGCAGGUCAGUCAUUGAUGUGGAUGAUGCUCUGGGAUGGGAGUGCUCUAUUGGAGAAUGAAGGAUCUAGGAUUGCGCUCUAUUGAAAAAAACAGGCUCUAGGACUGUGCUCUGUUGGUGAAUAAAGGCUCUAGGACUGUACUCUAUUUGCAGAAUGCAGGCUCUAGGAUUGUGCUCUAUUGAAGAAUGCAGGCUCUAGGAUUAUGCUCUAUUGGAGAAUGCAGGCUCUAGGAUUAUGCUCUAUUGGAGAAUGUAGGCUCUAGGAUUGUGCUCUGUUGGAGAAUAAAGGCACUAGGAUUGUGCUCUAUUGGAGAGUGCAGGCUCUAGGAUUGUGCUCUAUUGGAGAAUGUAGACUCUAGGAUUGUGCUCUAUUGGAGAAUACAGGCUCUAGGAUUGUGCUCUAUUGGAGAAUACAGGCUCUAGGAUUGUGCUCUGUUGGAGAAUACAGGCUCUAGGAUUGUGCUCUGUUGGAGAAUACAGGCUCUAGGACUGUGCUCUGUUGGAGAAUACAGGCUCUAGGAUUGUGCUCUGUUGGAGAAUACAGGCUCUAGGAUUGUGCUCUGUUGGAGAAUACAGGCUCUAGGAUUGUGCUCUGUUGGAGAAUACAGGCUCUAGGAUUGUGCUCUGUUGGAGAAUACAGGCUCUAGGAUUGUGCUCUGUUGGAGAAUACAGGCUCUAGGACUGUGCUCUGUUGGAGAAUACAGGCUCUAGGAUUGUGCUCUAUUGGAGAAUACAGGUUCUAGGAUUGUGCUCUAUUGGAGAAUGCAGGCUCUUGGUUUCUGCUCUAAGAAUGCAGAUUCUGUAAUGGUGCUCUAUCUGGGAAUGCAGGGUUUGAGGUGGUGCUCUGUCUGACAAUGCGAUGGCAAUCUAUCUAAGAAGGCAGGAUCUGAAAUGGAGCUGUGUAUGGAAACUGGUUUUAGCUCUAUCUGAGACUGCAGGGUCUGGGAUGGUGCUCUAUCUGCAAAUUCAGGCUGCCUGAAAAUGUAGGAUGUGGGCUGAUGCUCUAUCUGAAAAUGCAGACUCUGAUCAAAUUAUUAUAUAUUUGAAAAUGUAGGGUCUGAGGCGGCACUCUUUUAGAGAAUGCAGUUUCGGGGCUGGUGCUCUAUCUGUGAAUGUAGGCACUGGCAUAGUUCUUUAUCUGAGUAUGCAGGUUCUAAACAUUCAAAAAUAGUGCUCUGUCUCAGUAUGCAGGUUCUGAGAAUACAGAUUGUAGUGCUCUAUAUGAGAAUGCAGGUUCUGGGAUGCUGUUCUAUCUACAAAUGCAGGCUCUGUGAGAAAGCUCUGUUGGAGAAUGCACUCUCUGGGAUGAUGCUCUAUCUAAGAAUGCUCUCCUAAUGCUGUCUCAUCCUUUAUAGAAUUAGAGCACCUGCUCCAGAACAUCCCAUUCUAUUGGUAAAGUGUUCCUAAAGAGCUUCUACAAACUAUGUGAUUCUUGUUUUUGCAAUAGGUAGACCUCAGUGCACUGAUUAGAUGAGGUGUCGAUACUUUUGGACAUAUGUUGCACUCACACUUUGGGAAAAAAAUCUAUGCAAACCUCCAUAAGAAACUGUAUCUUUUGGGAGAAUGAAUAUGUCACAGAAUGUACCUUCUCAUGUAAAAUACUUUCGUUGGCCUUAUUUAAACUGUGUCAAUCAACCUCGUCCACAAUGGGCUGGUGCUUUCGUUCCAUCCAGCUACAUCAAACCAUGUCGUUUGAGCGCGGGUUGGUGGCAGAUAUUAAGCUGCGCUGGGUUGGUUUAAAGCUCACUAGAAUUUUUUUUUUUUUUUUGCACAUCACUGUGUGCACUACAGUUUUUGGCCUAUUUAAAAAAAAAACUUUAGCUUAUGUGGGCUGUUGGUGGUCAACUCGAUGUGACUAGACCUGGAACAUGGUUGUCGUAUAUGAAUUCAGAAGGAGCACAUGUCUAGAAUAGUUAGCAUACAAGUAUCAUAUAGUAGUAUACUCCAUGUAACAACUGUAGUAUAAUUAUGGCUUUAAAGAUCCCAUAAUCUUGUUAAUGUGAGACAAGUAGUCAGUUUAUUCACUAUAUUCUGGCAUGUUUAGACAUGAACUAGUCCUGUUCCAUCACUUCUUAUUGUACGUUGUGUGCUUUAAGUGACUGAGUGGUUGUUCUGAAAGAAAUCUUUGCUCCUUAUUCUCUACAACUCCAAAUCAGAAAAGGAUAAGACAGUAUGCAUCAUGUAUUUUUUUUUUAAAUGUGAUGUUUCCUAUAUUUACUUUUAUUUGAUUUCAGACAAUUUGAACCCAAUAUAUUUAAUGUUUUUACCUGUUAAGCAUUAUACCAUUUAAGCAUAAUUUCUGCAUUAAAUGUACUGACACCCCUGCAAUGGCUGAUAACAGUCUGGAUGGCCCUUUUCGUCUUGAGCCCGUCUUUAGUGCCAUUCAUUUAUUUAAAAAAAAUACUGAGUAGUUUGACUACAAUACAGGUUUUCACCAUGUGAUGGUCUAUCACAAAUGCCUCAUUUCCCAGUAAAGUCAAUGCCACGUCUAGACACGGUUAACAUAAGGAUACUGUUUUGCACAGUAAAGUUUUAGGUACCAUAUGUCUAUGUAAUGUAAUUUUGUAUUGUAAUGAUUGAUCAGGUUUUGCCAUAGUAAUAGUAGUCCUUUCCCAAUGUGGAAAAAAAAUUCUUGUUUUAGUGCCAUCUGAAGGAUUGGAGAUUAUGGGUGUUCAUUUUAAGUUUGCACCCUUUCUAUUUACACACUAAAAUGUUUCCCUAAUCCUUGAAUGGGUUAAUGAUAAUAGUAUGCACUGUAGAAUAAGAAAUAAGCAAAUCCCUGCCAAUAUGUUUUUUUAAAGAAGAUUAGUUUUUAUUAUUGGGCCUAAAUUUAAAUUACCCUUGGCUAGAAUUAAAAUGCAGAAAUGGAUGGGUAUUAACAAAUGAAAUUAUAUUGAACAGAAAAAAAACUUACAAUAUCUCUGGUUCAGACUGUCUACAGUAAAUUCAAUGUCAAAAGUAAAUGAAAGGAACACCACUAAUUUUAUUAAUUUACAUUUUCCACACUGUCAAAAAUGUUUCUGAUUUGGGUUUGUACAAUGAGCCAUCUUGAAGCAAUAGUCAUUAAGAAAGUCCACUGAAAUAAUAAUAAUGUGAACUUCCCUCCCUGUUUGUGACAUCUCCAUCUGUUAUAAUUGCUGUGAUAACUCAAGUUAAUGUUAAGGUGGGGCCGUGGCAGGUCCUGUAAAGUGAAGCUAUGUAAAGUGUACACUGUAUGUAUGGCAUCUGGAGAAAAUGAGAGCCUGUCAUUAUUACAUACCAAUUGUAUGUGCAGAUUUGGGAGGAGGUUUGUGAUUAUCUGUCAUUUGUGAUUCUGGGUCAUGUGACCCACAGCAAAGCCAGCGAAUAAAUAAUGGACAUGCCACACAGGCUGUGUAGAGUUUAUAUAGCUUCACAUGUUUAACUUUUUACUAUUUUUUGUAUAAAUGAAAUCAAGUGUCAGUCAUGUUGCACUUAUGCUGUCUAACCUGAUGUAAAUCUGGUCAUUCAUAAAUUAGCAAUAUAAUAUUAUAUGUAAGAUAAAUACUGCAAUUAAAGAAACUUGUGAGUUGA